AUGACGUUGAUUUUCGAACACUCGAGCGCGCCUCUGCGCACUAUCAAGGAGAUCCAAUUUGGUCUCCUGUCGCCAGAGCAAAUCAAAGGCAUGAGCGUGUGUCAUAUCGAAUACCCCGAAACUAUGGACGAAGCGAAGUUGCGUCCUAGAGAAAAAGGUUUAAACGAUCCUCACCUAGGUUCGAUUGAUCGUUCAUUCAAGUGUGCCACUUGUGAUGAGGGCAUGUCGGUUUGUCCGGGUCAUUUUGGUCAUAUUGAACUUGCAAAACCGGUAUAUCACGUCGGCUUUCUCAAUAAAAUCAAAAAGGUUCUUGAGACAGUUUGCUACAACUGUUCAAAGAUCAAGUUAGAUGAAUCAAACCCCCAAUUUGCCGAUGCUUGCAAGAUUCGAGAGCCAAAAGCUCGUUUCAACGCUGUAUGGCGUCUAUGCAAAGCAAAAUCCACUUGUGACUCUGACAACACCGCUGGCGACGAAGAGAACAAUUUCGGCGAUGACGCAGGCACCAACCCGGAGAAGAAGAAGUCCCACGGUGGUUGUGGUAAUAAGCAACCUACUAUUCGGCGUGAAGGUCUCCGCCUGAUCGGGACUUGGAAACCGGACAAGGAUGCACAGGAGGAAGCUAGUCAGGGAGAGAAGAAGCCAAUUCUUCCUUCAGAAGUUCUCAGUAUUUUCAAACACAUCACUAGUGAUGAGAUAAGGAAGAUGGGGCUGAGCGAAGAUUAUGCUCGACCAGAGUGGAUGGUGAUUACGGUUCUGCCCGUGCCACCACCACCCGUUAGGCCCAGUAUCUGUGUGGAUGGUAUGGGUGGAGGAAUGCGUGGAGAAGACGAUUUGACAUACAAGCUGGCCGAGAUUAUCCGAGCAAAUGCCAGUGUACGCGAUGCCGAACAAAACGGAUCUCCAGCGCACGUUGUCAACGAAUUUGAGGCCCUCUUACAAUUUCAUGUCGCUACCUACAUGGACAACGAUAUUGCUGGUCAACCACAGGCUCUGCAGAAAUCAGGAAGACCGGUGAAGUCAAUCCGUGCUCGUCUCAAGGGAAAGGAGGGUCGUCUACGUGGAAACUUGAUGGGAAAGCGUGUUGAUUUUUCAGCUCGUACGGUCAUUACUGGUGACCCUAAUCUUUCACUCGACGAAGUUGGUGUUCCUAGAAGUAUAGCCAGGACCCUGACAUAUCCCGAAAUUGUUACUCCCUACAAUAUUCACAAGCUGCACAAGCUCGUUGAAAAUGGGCCGAAUGAACAUCCAGGUGCCAAGUACAUCAUCCGUGACACUGGUGAGCGUAUCGAUCUCCGGCAUCACAAGAAAGCGGGUGAGAUCUCGUUGCAAUACGGGUGGAGAGUUGAAAGGCAUAUCAUCGAUGGUGAUUACAUUAUCUUCAAUCGACAGCCUUCUCUGCACAAGGAGUCUAUGAUGGGUCAUCGUAUCCGCGUUAUGCCUUAUUCUACCUUCCGAUUGAACUUGUCUGUCACAUCGCCUUAUAACGCAGAUUUCGACGGUGAUGAAAUGAACUUGCAUGUUCCGCAAUCUGAAGAAACCCGAGCAGAAGUUAGUCAACUGUGCAUGGUCCCCUUGCAAGUUGUAUCUCCACAAAAGAACGGUCCCCUCAUGGGUAUCGUCCAGGAUACACUGUGUGGUAUCUACAAGAUUUGCCGAAGAGAUGUUUUCUUGAACCGUGAGCAGGUCAUGAACAUUCUCAUGUGGGUUCCUAAUUGGGAUGGCACCGUCCCUACACCUUCCAUUCUCAAGCCUCGCCCUCGUUGGACCGGAAAGCAGAUUAUCUCACUUGUGAUUCCUCCGGGUAUCAACAAGGACGACAGCGGAAAGGGAUAUUGCCCAUUGAAUGAUGAGGGUCUGUUAGUCCACGGCGGUGAGCUCAUGUUUGGGCUCCUUAACAAAAAGGCUGUCGGUCAAUCCCAUAGUUCCUUGAUUCACAUCAUUUUCAACGAAAAGGGUCCUUACCGUUGCCUCGAGUUCUUUAACGGCUGUCAAACUGUUGUCAAUUACUGGCUCCUUCAAAACGGAUUCAGUAUCGGUAUCGGCGACACCAUUCCAGAUAAAGCCACGAUUCGAAAGAUUGCGGAAACGGUUGCUUCGAAAAAGGCAGAGGUCGCAGAUGUCACGGCGAAAGCGCAAUCAAAUCAGCUUGAACCUCUUCCUGGAAUGAAUAUCCGUGAUACAUUCGAGAGUUUGGUGUUGAAAUCUCUCAAUUCGGCCCGUGACGUUGCUGGUUCAGAUACCGAGAAGAGCUUGAAAGAUCUCAAUAACGCCAUUCAGAUGGCUCGUUCUGGCUCCAAAGGUUCUAACAUUAACAUCUCCCAGAUGACGGCUGUUGUAGGUCAGCAGUCUGUCGAGGGUAAACGUAUUCCUUUUGGUUUCAAAUACCGUACCUUGCCCCAUUUCACAAAGGAUGAUUACAGUCCCGAGUCUCGUGGGUUCGUUGAGAAUUCUUAUCUCCGUGGUCUCACUCCUCAGGAGUUUUUCUUCCAUGCGAUGGCUGGUAGAGAGGGUCUUAUCGAUACUGCAGUCAAGACUGCCGAAACUGGUUACAUUCAGAGAAGAUUGGUCAAGGCGUUGGAAGAUGUCAUGGCAAAAUACGAUGGUACUGUUAGAAAUUCUCUUGGAGAUAUCAUCCAAUUCGUUUACGGAGAGGAUGGUCUGGAUGGAGGACACAUAGAACCCCAGCACGUCGACGUCAUCGCAUGCUCUGAUGCUGCUUUCGACGCAAAGGUGAAGGUCGAUGUUAUGGACAAGUCUAAAUCGAUACCACUGGAGUUCUUGGAGGUCGCACAUGAGAUCCAGGGAGAUGUAGAGGUUCAGCGAGUUUUAGAUGAAGAGUACGAGCAACUUACAGCCGACCGUAUAUUCUUGCGAUCACUUCAGAAGGGGUCUGUCGAGGAUAAGCUGCAACUGCCCAUCAAUAUCAUUCGGAUCUUGGACAAUGCGCGAACUAUCUUCCGGAUCAAACAGCGCGCGCGAAGUAACCUUCAUCCAAUCGAAACCUGCCAGAAGGUCAAAGAACUACAAUCGAAACUUAUUGUGGUUCGCGGUAACGACCCACUUUCCCUCGAGGCACAGGAAAACGCUACUAGACUAUUCAUGUGCCACCUCCGAUCUCGUCUUGCAUUUAAGAGACUGGUUCUUGAGUCCAAUUUGAACAAGGUCGCUUUCGAAUGGGUACUUGGUGAGAUUGAGGCACGGUUCGCCCGUGCUGCUGUUAAUCCCGGUGAGAUGGUUGGCGUGUUGGCUGCGCAGUCAAUUGGAGAGCCCGCUACUCAGAUGACGUUGAACACUUUCCAUUUCGCUGGUGUGUCUUCCAAGAAUGUCACUCUUGGUGUUCCGCGUUUGAAAGAGAUUCUCAACGUUGCCAAGAAUAUUAAGACUCCCUCCAUGAUGGUGUAUCAGCAGCCGGAGAAUAUCUUUGUCAAAGAAACAGCCAAGAAGCUCAGAUCUGCGGUCGAGCAUACUACUUUGAGGUCGGUUACUGACACCACCGAAAUUUGGUAUGAUCCGGAUCCGAGAGAUACAGUCAUUGAAGAAGAUAAGGAGACGGUGCAGUCGCAUUUCCUGAUCGAUACUGGCGAGGAAGACUUAGAGAGGCAAUCCAAGUGGCUGCUCAGAAUUGUCUUUGAUCGUAAGAAGUUGCUGGACAAGGACUUGACGGUCGAAAAGGUCGGUAUGAAGUUGAUGCAGGAGUAUGGGAACGAUAUGUCUAUCAUCAUGAGUGAUGAUAACGCAGAAAUCCCUAAUAUUCGAUGCCGUAUGAAGAAUUCUGAAGGGCAAAAGGGUGAUGAGGAGACUGACCUGGAGGAGGAUACUAUGCUGAAACGUCUUGAAAACCACAUUUUGGAUGAACUUACACUGAAUGGUGUUAAGGGUAUCCAAAGAGCUUUCUUGAACGACAAGGAGAGGAUUAAAUUCUGUAAGGAUGGAUCCAUGAUCAUGCACAAUGAAGACGAGGAAUGCAAGGAAUGGGUUCUUGAUACGACUGGUACUGCGCUGAAGGCCGUGCUCGAGGUUGAUGGAAUCGAUACAAGCAGAACAUACUCCAAUACCUUUGAGGAGAUUUUGCAAGUUUUCGGCAUCGAGGCUACCAGAGCUGCGUUGUUGAGGGAGCUUAGACAGGUGUUGGCUUUCGACGGUUCCUACGUCAACGAGCGUCAUCUUGCACUCCUUUGCGAUGUCAUGACUGCACGUGGUCACCUGAUGGCCAUUACUCGUCAUGGUAUUAACAGGGCUGAUACUGGUGCAUUGAUGAGGUGUUCUUUUGAGGAGACGGUGGAGAUUUUGCUUGAAGCCGCGGCUUCAGGGGAGUUGGACGAUUGUAGGGGUAUCUCGGAGAACGUCAUGUUAGGUCAAUUGGCUCCUCUAGGCACCGGAGAAUUUGACGUCUUCCUCGAUGAGAAGAUGCUUAUGGAGGUCAUUGUGGAUAAUUCAACUAUCCACGGUGGCGGGGACAUUCCUGGAAUGAACAGAGGCGGUUUGGCUGACGGUGCUGCUACACCAUACGCUGCUUCCCCUACAUAUGCAGAUGGUUUCGUUGGAUCUCCAGAUAUUGGUGCUGCGUUCUCCCCAAUGCAACAUACCGGGGCAGAAACACCUGGCGGGUUCACAGAAUACCAAGCGCCUGGGUUUGGAGGGUUAUCUCCGUAUGGAGCUCGUAGUCCUAUGGCAUAUUCACCUACAAGUCCCUUCGGGACAAGCCCUACAUCUCACCAAUAUUCUCCUGCAUCGCCAGCCUACUCACCCACGUCCCCCAACAUGGCUGUUACCAGCCCUGGGUUUUUCGCAGCAUCUCCAAGGUUUUCACCGAUGGCUGCCAGCCCUGCGUAUACCCCAACCUCACCACAAUAUUCCCCCACUUCUCCAGGCUAUCCUGGUGGUAUGAGUGGUACUCCUACCUCUCCCACAUACUCCCCAACCUCCCCAAGUUUCAGUCCUACUUCACCUAAUUACAGUCCAACUUCGCCGUCGUUCUCUCCGAAUUCCCCAACUUCGCCGGCAUAUUCCCCUACAUCUCCAGAUUAUAGUCCUGCUAGUCCUGCGUUUGGUGGACCCAUGGGAAAUAGCCAUUCUCCCACCAGUCCGACGAGCCCCAACUACAGCCCUACUAGUCCGAUGUACAACCCGGGAAGUCCUAACAAUUAUGGCCCAAAUAAUUAUUCACCUACUAGUCCGUCGUUCCAGUCUCCAGCUCAGGGCAGUCCGAGAUGGUCCCCAACUUCUCCUGGACCAUCAUACUCUCCCCGAUCACCCAGAGACCCACCAAAAAAUGAAUAA